AUGCCUAAAGCUCCCAAAGCCAAAUCAUCGUCUCAGCCCACUCUCAAGCAGUCUACACUUGCCUUCAGCGCCUUCAAGCAGAAUGCUUCUACGAACACGAAUAAGAAAACUGCUCCCAUCCUUCCCCGCAAUCCACCAGAAGAUAACGUCGUCGAUGAGAUCGAGAUUGCCAGUUCCGGUUCCGGUUCUGAGGUCGACUCUGACAUAGAAAUCAUCGAAUCUGACGGCUCUUUUGCGGACAAGAGCACCGUAGCUCGGGUGCCUGCUCCAUCGACCCCAACUAAGAAGCCUAAGCGUGAUGAAAUCAUCGAUAUCGACGACGACGACGACGACGAGCCGCUUGAUAUUAGUCCUAAACAGCGGCGCUGGCAGAAACAUGCGAAAGAGGUCAAGUCAAAGCGUGGUCAUGACAUACUCGUUCACGCACAAGCACAGACGAUAUUUGACGACAUACUGCGUGUUUUUGACCUCUCGUAUGAAUAUGGACCUUGCGUUGGUAUUUCGCGACUCCAGCGAUGGGAGCGUGCUCAAGCGAUGGGACUCUCGCCGCCAAUAGAGGUUCGCGAUAUUCUGAAGUCAAAACAAGGCCCACGCUAUGCUGAGUCGGUUUUGAUUGACCAAGCCACGAAAGUAGAAGCGGCUAGGACUCAGAAACUAAGCCAACUCGCUGAGUCGAGCUCAUCGAGCUCUGAUUCCGACGCGUGGGAUUGGGACUCGAGUCCACCCCUCCAGCCUAAAUCGCUCACUUGGAUCCGGACUGGCGAAGACCAAACUGGUGACGACGAGAUUCUACGCCACUUUGACCACGCUCCGGAAUACGGGCCCACGGUAGGAAUGACGCGUCUCGAACGCUGGGAGCGCGCUCACAAGCUUGGUUUGAAACCCCCAAAUGCUGUGCGUCCACCUCGACUCUUUCGUCAUCAGAAUACUGAUGUUAUUCUUCUUCGACGGUUAGAUUUCCAAGCUCAUACGGAACAACGCGGAAAGACAUGGGCAGAACGUCUUUCAUAA